AUGAAGAAUUGCAGUCACGUGAGGCACCGCCUUCCUCUGGGCACCCAAGUAAACACCGUCAAGUCUUCCUUUGAUUCAUUGCAAUACCUUUUGACUGCCAAAAUGCUUCGUCGAAAGCCAACAGCUAUUGCUAUCACAUCCGAGGAUAUUGCUGCAUUUGAAGAAGCCAGACUUCGCAAACUGUCUGAAGAAAACAAACACCCAGAACAACUCGCACAGGGGACCUGCAAUGUCAACCUUGACCCCAGCGAUGAGUUGAAACCACUUCCAGGUGACAAGGCAAGGAUUGUCCGGACCCGUGAAGAAAGAAUCGGCAUUAGUCGACGUGGUUGA